ACUAACGUUAUUUACUGGUAGGAAGGUCGCAAUUUGAACAUUGAAUUUAUGAGUCGCGAGCUGUUGACUUAUUGUGGAAGUGGACACUGAGCUGGUGUGGAGAAGCGGCAGAGAGUUCUGUAUUUAUUGGUUUGUAGGGUUUACAUUAAAGCUGGGAGAAGACAAAGAGAAUGUCGGACAAGGAGGAAAUGGUUUUAGAUGGGAGUCUGAAUGUCACACUGACACUGAGGCUGCUGAUGCAUGGAAAGGAAGUUGGCAGCAUAAUUGGGAAGAAAGGAGAAACAGUCAAGAAAAUGAGGGAGGAGAGCGGUGCUCGAAUUAACAUAUCAGAGGGAUCAUCUCCCGAGAGAAUAGUUACCAUCACAGGACCGACAGAGGGCAUCUUCAGAGCUUUCUCCAUGAUCGCACAGAAGUUUGAGGAGGAUAUUUCCGCAGCAAUGACAAACAGCAACGUGACAAGCAAGCCACCUGUGACACUUCGCCUGGUUUUCCCAGGGAGCCAGUGUGGCUCACUGAUUGGCAAAGGAGGCUCCAAGAUCAAGGAGAUCAGAGAGACCACAGGCGCUCAGGUUCAGGUGGCAGGAGACAUGCUGCCGGACUCUACAGAGAGGGCUGUCACAAUCUCCGGCACUCCACAGGCCAUCACUCAGUGUGUAAGACACAUCUGCUCUGUCAUGCUGGAGUCUCCACCAAAAGGAGCAACCAUUCCCUACCGUCCAAAAUCCAUACCUGUUGGAGCCCACGCAGUAUUAGCACCACAACACGCUGCACAAGCCUUCGCAAUUCCAGGGCAGUAUGCUUUUGCGCAUCAAGAUUUGACCAAGCUUCACCAGUUGGCUAUGCAGCAUAUCCCCCUCCCUUCCCUUGGGCAGAGCAACCCUACCUUCCCUGGUUUGGAUGCAUCUUGCCUCACAAGUUCACAAGAGCUGGCAAUACCUAAUGAUUUUAUUGGCUGCAUAAUUGGGAGACAAGGUAGCAAGAUCAAUGAGAUCCGCCAGGUCUCUGGAGCUCACAUCAAAAUUGCCAGUGCCACUGAUGGCUCAGCGAUGCGCCAAGUCACGAUCACAGGCUCGCCGGCCAGCAUCAGCGUUGCCCAGUACCUCAUCAACGCCAGCUUAGAGAUGGCUAAAUACACCAUGCAGGCUGCUUCCUCUGCGACCCCAAUUGACCUCAACAUGAGCUUCUCUCAGUCUGUUCCCUCUGCCUCCAAUGCUGCUACCUCUCUGGCCGUCCUGGCGGCCUCCAGCCAAGCCCCCAUUAAUGUCCACUCUCCCUCCACCUUACAAGCCAUCCAAAACCCACAUUACGCCGUCCCCGUUUCCAGCCUGCUUGGCAUGAAAUCUCUCCCUCUCCUGGCUAUGCACCCAGCAGCCGCUUCCAGCCUAGCUCAGGGUUUAUGCCCUUACACUGCAAAAAUGACAACCUCUGGCAUGAAAAAAUCUGAGCGGCAGAAAUUUGGUCCUUAUUGAUGUCUGCUUUUUAAGUCUAGUCAGUGUAGCUGACUGGUAAGACAUUAAAAAUGAUGAGGAAUUAUUUAAAAUUGAGCAUAUAGGCUUAAAAAUAGCUUACACCAGUGUGUGUAAGUAGCACUUGUUUCACAAAAAUCAGGGGAAUGUUAGGAACAGACUGAAAGGGUGGUAGUAUUAAAACAUGUCCUCAUUAAUUAAAACAGGCAGCAGAGGUGCAUAUUAACUCA